AUGCAAAACAACGGAUCUGCCGUGGAGCACCAACACUUGUCAAUGUCCACCGGGUUUUCAAUCGGACAGUACUCUGCGAGUUCGAGAAGAAACCGUGUCUCGUGUUGUUCCAACCCCUGCCCAGUGAACUACACAGAUGAAAUUCUCACAAGGAAACUCCUUCCUUAUGCUCUAACAUCUGCGUCAAACCAACACAAUCCGACAUCAGUGCACAAACAAACAGGAGCACUCUUCUACAACAAGAAACUAACAAGUAUGGGCUCCUCAAAAAACCAGUUACCAUUGUAG